AUGGGUAAUUGUACUAAAAUGUGUUAUGUUAAUGAAGGCGUACAAUAGCUUACUAAAAAGGAAGAAUUUGCAAUAGAGACUGGAAUCAAGAGUGACGAUUUGAUUAUGCACUCAACCCAAGGGAAAUCCAAGGAGAAUAAGGAUGAUCAAUAUUCAUAAUGCUCAAAUAAAAGUGCUCUUCCUUAAAUAAUCUCCAUUGAAGACGAACUCUUGAUCCAAUCCACUUUGAAUUCAAGUGUUCCUAUGAAACUCAGAAAAAUAUUGAUGGAGGAUGAUGCCUACUAUGAGGGAGAGUGGAUGUAAGGUAAACGUUGGGGAUAGGGAGAAUAGAGAUGGCCAGAUGGGUCAACUUACAUAGGGGAAUGGAAGAAUAACAAGGCGAAUGGGUAUGGUGUUUUGACCCAUUCCGAUGGAGAUGUCUACAAAGGAGAAUGGCUCAAUGAUCAAGCCCACGGAAAGGGUGUUUACAUAAACUUCAACCAGGCCAAAUACGAAGGCGACUGGGUCAAAGAUAGACAAGAAGGAUACGGAGUUGAGAGUUGGCCGGAUGGGUCAAUUUUUGAAGGUAGAUAUUACAAACACGGAAAGAAGGAAGGGGUUGGGAAGCUGACUUAUCCAGAUGGCUCUAAGUACGAGGGCAAUUUUCAGAUGAACAAUCUCCAUGGGUAGGGAAAGUACAUUUGGCCUGAUGGACGAAUAUAUGAAGGCGAUUGGGUCAAUAAUUAGAUGAAUGGGAAGGGCAUGAUGAAGUGGGAAGAUGGGAGAUAGUAUGAGGGAGAAUAUAGGGAAGGAUAGAAACAUGGGUUUGGAACGUUGAUAUGGGAGGAUGGACACAAAUAUGUGGGUCAAUGGGUGAUGGGAAAAUAGGACGGGGCUGGCGAAUACUUCUUUACUAAUGGUACUUCUCGUAAGGGAGUGUGGAAAGAAGGCAAACGGAUCUAAUGGGAAUGA